AGUUUACCACACCCCUCCGGGGCAGCAGAGGGCGCUCUAGCGUUCAGCGUCACGUCAGUCAUACAGCCCUACAGUUGUUGGUGUGCGGUGUUCCUGUUCCGCUGGUCAGCUGAUCCACGGUAGACAAGCAUGACUCCCGAGCACGAACUAGAGAGUGAAGAAGAUGAUGCGCCCGAAGAGGUGACCUUCCAGAGCGCCAAGAGCCAGGCGCAGGAAAGUGCACGGGCAAGACGGGAGGCGGUCAUCAGAGAAAAGGCUUUACUGAAGGAGAAAAGGAAACGCAAGGAAGAGCUGUUUAAAGAACAAAAGAAAAAGAAGUUGCUCUCGGAUGACAUCCUUCAAAGCAUCACUUCUCAUCCGGAAAAAAGGGAGGAAGCAAAUAAACAGCAUGAAGAGAAGAAAACAAAAGGUAAUGAGGGAACUGUUGGAAAGAAACAUGUAAAGAAGGUGCUUCCUCGGAAAAGACUGCAAAAUAACUACCAGGUAGUACAAUUGGAAGAAUACAGUUCAAGAAACUUACUGCAGCAAAGAGCUAAAUCUUUCAUCCGAGGAAAGUUAUAUGGGAAGAACAAAAACAGGACAACAGCAUCAGAAUUUCUGUCACUGUCAAGGAAAACGAGUUUUAUUAAAAAGCCAGCUGUUCAGUUUGUGGACCAUGCCUGGGAUGAAGAAAUGAAAGCAAAAGCAGAGAAGUUUAAUCUUCAAUGGGCGCACAGAAAGAAACUUUGAUCAUUUUUGAAAUUUUUAGAAUUUUCAACUUUAAAACCUGAAUUUAGUCUAAUGUGAUAUGUAACCCAGUAACUGUUCCAGAGAUCUAUUGUGCACACUUAUCUAUAUUAGACGUCUCCAUGUGCCUCUCAUACAUCUGGAAGGUGUGUGCUACCUGUAGUACAUGGACGGUUUUAUCUGAAAUCAUUGUGCAGAUGUGACCAUGAACUUGUAACAGUCUUCGCCUGCUUUUAUAUAAAAGGAUGAAAUGUAAGCUGCUUACUUUUGUAUAUGCUAGUAUGUUUACAGAAGAGUACACAGUAGGGCUGGGCGGUAUGACCAAAUGUGUGUAUCACGGUAUUUUUUAAACUUUUGGCGGUUCCACAGUAUAGAACUGUAUUUCCUAGCCCCCCCAUAUUAUCAGCCCACAUCCCCAUCGGGGUAAAUACUCACAUAUCACCCGCAUGCGCUGCCCUCCUCGUCCUGAUUGUUGUGGCCGCCGGCGCUGACACUCUAUACUGUGCGGUAUCCCUAUGCCCGGGCUGCAAAAGGUAAACAAAAUAAACUUUAACGCACCUACAUCGGCCUUACGCUGGGGACGGGAACGUCGGAGAGCUGUAAGCCUAUCACCGGCUGCAGCAAUGUUCCGCCUCGGCCAGUGAUAAGCUGAACUCACGGUCAUGUAAGAAGCCGGCUCAGCCUUUCACCGGCCGAGGGGGAACAUCGCUGCGGCCGGUGAUAGGCUGACGGCUGUCCGACGUUCCCGUCCCCAGGAAGCAAGUGAGGUCGGUAUCGAACCAACGGGAGGUGAGUUAAAGUUUAUUUUGUUUUUUGCAGCCCGGGCAUAGCGUACAGUAUAGAGCAGUGGUCUCCAACCUGCGGACCUCCAGAUGUUGCAAAACUACAACUCCCAGCAUGCCCGGACAGCCAG